CGCAAAGGAAUUUCAUAAAUCACAGAGAAAUUACAGGAGUCGGCGGCUUUUUUGCACUUCUCCGCAAAAAUAUUAAAGUUUUCAACUAAUUUUAAGUAUUAAAGCGCAUUGUUAACUAGUUCAUCGUAAGUAGGAAUUGUUCUUUUAUCGUCCUUGUUGAGAAAUCGUGAAGAAUUUCGGCGGAAUUCCCGUACAAUUGUGCAAAAAACUUGUUUUGCAUUUUCCUAACCUCAAAAUUUCGCACUAUUCUUCCGGAUUUUGAGGGAAUUUACAAUUUUGUGAGUUUAGUUUUUGCCGGCAUCUGCACCACAAUGCCACAGAUUGUUCUUGAUAAUGUCAAGAAGGAGGAUAAUUCCUUCAAGUAUAUUCUGCCAAAGGGUUGGAUACAUUAUAAGAGACUAGAAAAUGAUCAUCCAACCCCAUUCAUUUAUGUGGAGUACAAAACUAAAGCUGCCUGUGAGAAAGCUAUUGAAGAAGUUAAUAGUGCGCCGGGUAUUGAAUAUACCGCGAGACAUUGCGACGAAGAUAAAGAGAGAAAGUUCAGGAACAGGAACUCACAGAAGAAGUCGAGCAAAGAGAGCAUCAUCGUAUCUCCAUUGAAUCAGAGUCAGCAGAACAUGAUUGUCUCGAAUCUACCGACGUGUGUGCUGUGCAAGAAGCAGGCACGCCUCAUGUGUGAACGAUGCAGGGAUCCUUAUUGCUCUCCGGAUUGCCAGAAAAAUGAUUGGAACGCCCACCGGAAGAUUUGUCGUCGAAUGCCGACUAUUGAUUCUAGGUCCCUCAUACCUUAUGCCGAUGAUAAGCUCAUCCUGAAUAUGCUUCAGCAGACAUCCUCCUUCAAUGAUAUUACCUCACCGAGCAAACCCACCACAUCCAAUGAUUCUGUGAGUGAGGAAAAUUUCCAAGUUACUCAGGAACAGAAGACAAUGAUGCUGAAGAGUUCUCCCGCAAUGGUGAAUGGUGGUGAGAUGAAUAGGGGGAGGAUUAAUAGUGCUGGAGCAAUGAGCAAUAAAUCAAACAUUAGCGGAAGGGUGAGCAAUAAGGGCAAUACCAGCGGAGCCAAUACAAGUGGAGGAAUCACCAAUAGAUUGAACACCAGCGGAGGGAGUGUCAAUGAGAAGACAAAUAAGGAGACGAUUAACAGUGCUGGAGGUGCCAGGGAAGAGGGAAACAGUGGACGGAUGAGCAAUGGUGGGAUGAGUGCCAGAGGACUUGGGAGUAUUAUGGAGCUGACAUCGCCAAAGAAGAAUAAUGUGCCACAGGAGGCAGCUGUCCAGAAGAUAUCGAAGAAUUUGAAUGAUCUCGGUCGCGUUGAUUUCCCCAAGAGUGGCUCCAAAGUCAUGAUAAUCUUCAAUGUGAAGGAAAGCUUCAAUAAGGUUUACAUUCAAUCACAAGAGACUACACCAAUUAUGCGUGAGAUCAUGGCAAAUGGAAUGGAUUUGGGAAAGACAGCUCCGCCGCUUUGUGGUGCUCCGGAAGCCAAUGUACUCUACCUUGCACCCUACUUUGACAUCACCACGGGCGGUGAUCACUUCUACCGCGUAAUUGUGAAGAAUUACAAUGAGGAGACAAGGAGGUGCCAGGCCAUUUAUGUGGAUUUUGGCAAUAUUGAAGAAAUUGAUGCGGGACUCCUCCGAGAAUUGCCGGAUGAGAUGAUGAAGUUCCCACGUGUGGCCUUCCGUGUGGUUCUGCAGGAUGUACCACUCCAUCCAGACUCUCCGGAUGAUCUUCAGUACAAGGAGGAACUACUGAUGACACCGUUGGAAAUUAAAUACAACGGAGAACCGCUGAAAUUUGACACUCCCGUCUAUCUCACCGAAUGCAAUGGUGGCAAGUGCGUCAAUGAUUACCUGAACAGGAAGAAUUUGGCGGCAGCUGUGCAGAAAUUCAAACCACUCAAGUUCACAAUGGACUCAAUUGGCAUGAAGACAUUCUCAUGCUUGGAAAAUGUGGAAAUUUGCAUUCUACUUGAUACGAGUCUCGAUCGCGGUGAGGUGAACAUCAUGACGCUCCCGGAUUUGUUUAAUUUGACCAAACUCAUGGAACGCGCGGGGGAGGUGUACGAUAAGAUCUCCACACCAUACACACCGAGUCCCAAUGAGGUGUGUAUGGCAAAGUAUGCGUAUGGGGAUGAUGAGGAGAUGUGGUACAGAGUGCAAAUUGACGAAAAGAUCGACAAUGACAACUACUUUGUUCACUUUAUUGAUUACGGAAACUUUGAUAGUGUCGCCAGCAAGAAUAUCCGGGAGAUGACACAGGAAUUCAUCACUGAAUGCUGCCUCAUUUGCGCUUCCAUUGAAGGCAUUGAGCCACCAUGGUCAACUGAGUGCAUCAACAAGUUCAAAAAGGUCACAAAGGGCGGUGCGAUGGUGGCGAAGAAGAUUCAAUAUUCAGAAGAUCGUGUCAUCCUCAGCAUUCCCGAUAUCAUUGCGCAACUUUAACUCAACUGUGAGCUUCUAUUUCUUAUCCUUUUCUCUUUCUUUUUUAAAUUCAUUUAAUUUUUUGACUACAACAGUACAAUUUACUCUGUUGAAAUUAUUGAAAUUUUAUUGAAUUCUCUAUAUUUUCUUAUUUCUUACGCCAUAUGACGAUCUUUUUGUUUUUUUUAAUUGGAAUAUUUGAACAAGUGUCCAUGUGUAAGAGAAGAUGAAAUAAAAGUAAAGUCUAUCAUUGAAUUUUCAUACCAAAAAAAAAGAU